CGACAACUGGAACUUCCAUUCUUUUUCUUGUAGUCGUUCGGAAGCCAGCGAAGACGGCUUGGGAGAGUAAAGUAAAAGGGAGAUAGCGAGGAGAGCUGACGGCGACUGGUUACGGCGGCCGCUACGGCCGAUGCACGCGUGUGAAAUGAACGGAUAAAUGUAUAAAUAGAUAGUAAGCAUCGAUGCCAGCAGCAGAGGUACGAAAGAGACCAACGAAGCAGAUAAGAGCCGGCAGCAUCGACGGUCUUGGAAGACUGUCACGAUGUCUUCGUCGUCGCAUCGCAGCGAGUGCAGCUACGGGGACGCCCUCUACUGGGACGAUCGUUACCUGGCGGACGGCACCGCUUCCUUCGAUUGGUACCAGCGCUACCCCGCUCUCCGCCCCUUCAUCAGAAAAUACGUACCUGUUUCCUCCCGCGUCCUCAUGGUCGGCUGCGGCAACGCCCUUAUGUCAGAGGAUAUGGUGAUGGAUGGUUAUGUCAGCAUAUCAAACAUCGAUAUUUCAUCGGUUGUGAUAGAAAUGAUGAUAAAGAAGUAUGAACAUAUCCCACAAUUGGAAUACAUGCUAAUGGAUGCAAGGGACAUGACCUUCUUUAAUGAUGAAUCAUUUGACUGUGUCAUGGACAAAGGGACUUUGGAUUCUUUAAUGUGUGGUGUGGAUGCUCCACUCAGUGCCUCCAGGAUGCUAGAAGAAAUCAACAGGCUUCUAAGACUUGGAGGGAUCUAUAUGUUGAUAACUUAUGGUGAUCCAUCAGUUCGCAUUCCUUAUAUAAAUCAACCAGGAUGCAAUUGGGAAAUAACACUGUACAUUCUAGACUCAUCAAAAAAGUGUUCAUGAAAUAUAGCGAUGGAUAGUAUUGCAUGACUUCUUCUAGGCCAGGAUACAAAAGCGCUGGAGGAUGUAGCUUGAGGAAGUCCAUCAUGGAGCCCGUCCCACUUACGGACAAGGGUCAGCUUCCAGUUGAUUUUGUUCUAGAGGAUCCAGACUCACAUUACAUAUACGUGUGUAAGAAGAUGCCUGGAUUAUCAGAAUCUUUUCAUACGACACCAGAGUAAGGGGGGUUACUUUUGACCACAUUGAGAACUCACUUCAUUCAUAUUCUUUUUAGCUGCACAUCAACAUUGAAGGUAUAUUCGUGGUGUUUUAUUGGGGUUGUCUGAGAAAAGAGAUGACAACACUGGGCAACGUAAUCACUCAAAUCAUCGCCAUAUGUUUCCCUUCUCUUCUAAAGUUGCAGGAAUUAAAUUCUGUCCGAAUCAAAAGUGCAAGUUAUGAUAUGAAAAUUGGAGUUGUUUUCAGCAACAUCAGUUCCAAGUUCUCAAACUUGUAGAUCAUUUGCUCAAGUGAUUGGCCAGUCAUGAUAAUCGUGGUUAGUGAACCAACUUAGAUAUUUGUGCAGUUAAACCAUUAACAAUUAUUUAGAGGAGAAACCUCUUGAACUUUCAGUCA